AUGGCGAUUUUUAGCGUGUACGUGGUGAACAAAGCCGGCGGCCUGAUUUACCAGUGGGACAGCUACUCGCCACGGGCUGAAGCUGAGAAAACUUUCAGUUACCCGCUGGACCUACUGCUGAAACUGCACGACGAACGAGUGCUGGUCGCUUUCGGCCAGCGAGACGGCAUCCGGGUGGGCCAUGCAGUAUUAGCCAUCAAUGGCAUGGAUGUAAAUGGCAAGUACACGGCGGACGGGAAAGAAGUGCUGGAGUAUCUGGGUAACUCUGCAAAUUACCCGGUUUCUAUUCGAUUUGGCCGGCCCCGCCUUACCUCCAAUGAGAAGCUUAUGCUGGCCUCUAUGUUCCACUCGCUCUUUGCCAUUGGUUCCCAGCUAUCUCCGGAACAGGGCAGUUCAGGCAUUGAGAUGCUGGAAACAGACACGUUCAAACUGCACUGCUUCCAAACACUGACAGGGAUCAAGUUUGUGGUCCUGGCAGAUCCUAGGCAAGCUGGAAUAGAUUCUCUUCUCCGAAAAAUUUAUGAAAUUUACUCAGACUUUGCCCUCAAGAAUCCAUUCUACUCCUUGGAAAUGCCUAUCAGAUGUGAGCUAUUUGACCAAAACCUGAAGCUAGCUCUCGAGGUGGCGGAGAAGGCUGGCACUUUUGGACCUGGGUCAUAGGAUGAACUUGGAAUGGACCCCUAAGUUCUGAGACAUGCUCCAGGGCUUUGCUGUUUCUACUCCAGUGAGGAUUCCUGCAGCGGCCUUGCUAAUAUACUUGAAAAUGGUAGAACACUGAGCCUGGAGAUGGGGACAGAUCCUGGCUCGAAUGCUGUGUCCUCUGCCCCUCUGUAUAUAUCACAGUCCUAUGUCCUACUCUGUAC